CGUGGUUGGAAUAUGAUUUUUUCAACAAGUUGGCUAAACUUUUUAUAUUUGGAAUGUCAACUCACUUUUUAGCUAAGGGGUUUGUAUGGUUGGAUAUGUUCUAAUUCAAUUAAUCAUUUUUUUUAGCAACAAUUCAAUUAAUCAUUAUUCAUGAUUACCAAAAAAACAAAUUUGAUUUGUAAAAAAAAAAAAAACAAAUUUGAAGGCGCGGUUCGCGCGGGAAAGAGACUGUAACAGCUAUAUAAGUGAAUAUAAUCGCCGUGUUUGUGUUUGGGGUGCCUUGAUUCAAAUGUUGUCACCCAAGCGAGGUUGUACGCGCAUCUCUCUCCGCUUCUUUUCAGCUUCUCCCCUCUCAAGAAAAACCACGCGAGCUAUCAUUUACUCUAACUCCCUCAUCUCUAAGCAUGCCAGAUCCGGUGAUAUCAAACAAGCCGAGUUUGUUUUUAAUCGCAUGCCCUGCAAAAACAUUAUUUCCUGGACUGCCAUGCUCACAGCGUACGCUGGGAAUGGUCUAAUCAAGAAAGCUCGUCAAGUGUUUGAUAAAAUGCCUGAGAGAAGUGUUGAGUCGUGGAACGCGAUUUUAUCGGGUUAUAUACGUAAUAGGGUUGGGGUAGAUGAAACCCUUCGGAUAUUUCUUGGAAUGCCUGAGAGGAAUGCAGUUUCUUAUGGGGCGAUGUUGAAUGGGCUUGUUCAGGCUGGGAGGUUUGAUAAGGCUGAAAAGCUGUAUAAUGAAGUGCCGUUGAGUUUGCGUGAUCCGGUUUCUUCGAAUGUUUUGAUAUCUGGGUAUGUAAAGAUGGGGAAGUUGGAGGAGGCGGUGAGAGUUUUUGAGGGUAUGGGGGAGAAAAAUGUGGUUACUUGGAGCUCAAUGCUUGAUGGGUAUUGCAAAGAAGGGAGAAUUAGUGAAGCGAGAGAAUUGUUUAAUAGAAUGACGGAGAGAAACGUGGUUACAUGGAGUACUAUGAUUCAUGGGUAUUUGAAGUUGGAGUGCUUUGAAGAUGGAUUCGGAUUGUUUGUGCAUAUGAGACAUGAAGAUAGUGUAGAGGUUAAUUGUAAUACAUUGACUAUACUGUUUGAAGCUUGUGGAAGGCUUGGUAGAUAUGUAGAGGCUUGUCAACUACAUGCUUUAGUUUUGCACAUGGGAUUAGGUUUUGAUGUCUUUUUGGGAAAUACAGUUAUUACCAUGUAUUGUAGAUUUGGUUGUGUAGAUGCAGCUGCUAACAUUUUUCAUGUGAUUGACAAAAAGAACACAGUGUCUUGGAAUUCUAUUAUUGCUGGGUAUGUUCAAGCUGGUGACAUUGAUGGGGCUUUUGAACUCUUUAAGCAAAUGCCUGAUAAAGAUGUAGUUUCCUGGACUACUGUGAUAAAGGGGUUUUCUAGCAGUGGGUCAACUCAGAAAUUUAUUGAAUUGUUUGAAAUGAUGCCUGAUCAACGCGAUGCUAUUGCCUGGACUGCCGUUAUUUCAGGAUUGGAGAAUAAUAGAGAAUAUGAAAAGGCUAUCUACUGGUUUAUGAAUAUGCUCCGUAGAGAUGUUAGACCAAAUCCUCAUACUUUAAGCAGUGUACUCAGUUCGUCAGCUAGUUUGGCAAUCUUAAACCAAGGCCAGCAGUUACAUGCUCAUGUUGUGAAAAUGGAUAUGGAAUAUGAUUUGUCCAUCCAAAACACGCUGGUCUCAAUGUACUCUAAGUGUGGAAGCCUCGGUGAUGCCUGCAGGGUUUUCAAAUCCAUCAGUGACCCAAAUGUUGUUUCUUUUAACUCGAUGCUUACCGGAUAUUCUCAAAAUGGUUAUGGAAAUGAAGCACUUUUAUUGUUCAGAAAAAUGGAAGAGAAAUGUGUAAGUCCAAAUGAAAUUACAUUCCUUGGAGUACUGUCAGCCUGCACUCAUGUGGGGCUGGUGGAAGAAGGGUGGCACCACUUCAGGUCCAUGAAAUGCUCAUAUAACAUCGAACCUGGUCCUGAUCAUUACGCAUGCAUGGUUGACCUCCUUGGAAGAGCUGGUUUGCUGAAUGAUGCUUUCAAGUUAAUUUAUUCCAUGCCAGUUGAGCCUCAUUGUGGAGUCUGGGGUGCUCUCCUUGCUGCAAGUAGAACAUUUUUACGGGUUGAUAUUGCAAAGGUCGCAGCUCAACAUCUGUCUGACUUGGAUCCUAAUAACGCAACACCUUACGUGGUCUUAUCAGACCUCUACUCUAUUGCAGGUAAAAAGGAGGAUGAGGAACAAGUGAGGAUACUUAAAAAACUGAAAGGGAUUAAAAAGAAUCCUGGAUGCAGCUGGAUCAUUGUAAAGGACAAGAUCUUAUUGUUUCUUUCGGGUGAUCAAUCCCAUAUGGAAUUUGCAGACAUUAGAAGUAGUUUGAGGCAUAUUGUUGACGAAAUGAAGCAGAAGGAUUUUCAAACAAAUGACUUACACUACUGCUAAACAAACUAGACUCGAUAAACACUAUUUACAAGUGCUGAUGCCUGAUGAUGAGACAACUGAAGUCGCACCAAAAGUCGACGAACACUUGUGAACAGGGGUUUCAGGUCUAGUAGUAGUCUCUGUAACCGUAAGGAUCGAGAGAAGACAGGGAUCUUGUUCAUAGAAGAUUCCAGAAAUGUGAACAAAAUGAAGAAGUGCAACUGGAGAUAUAUAUGCAUUCAGAACCUUCUAUAUAGGUUUAAAAAAAUAUUGGACUUGAAUAGUCAUAAAGACAAAUUAGUUCGGCUAUGCACUUAUAAAUCGGCAUAUAUGAACAGUGUGUGAGAAGAAAAAAAAUACAUUCAGACUAAAACUUACAAGAAAGGAUGCUAGUAUCAAUUGUACUGGUUUGGUCUUGUUUAAGGUUAUUGAUAACACAACUGUCGUAAUAUAAAUAAAAUUGCCGUUG